AUGGUCUGGGAACCCGUGGCGUCCCCCAAUAACGGGAACGCGGGCAACGCCGCAGGAGAUGUAAUACUUGGCAAUGAUGACGAGUGUGGCAUCUGUGACGUGUGCGUGGGCCGUUUGCGAGAUGCAAACAGCUUCAAGCUGCAAGUGCAGCGCUGCCAGGUGGAGCUUCAAGCAAUGCUGGCGGCCGCACUCCAAGUGCAGGAAGAAUUGGAAGAGUCUUUGAAAUCGGAGGAAGGUAACAAUGGGACUAUCGAGGAUUCAAUGCCAUAUGAAGUGGAGGAGCCUUUGAAAUCGGAGGAAGAAGAUAACAAUGGGACUAUCGAGGAUUCAAUGCCAUACAGGGAGCCGUCAGUCAAGUCCGAGUCAGAGGGCGCUGCGAGUGAUGAUGACAUUGAAUCGCUUGCAACGACAGAGCAUGGUACACCAGAAACUGAUAUGGUGGAAGAACUAGCAUCAGUAAAUGGUGAUUCUCUAUCACUUGCCAUCAGAUAUAUUAAAGCCAAGGGGCUCACAAAUAUUGGAACACUAGCUUUUACCAGAUAUCAGAGGACGACAAGUUGGCUUCUGAACUGCGGUGCGGAAAGCAAAUGA